ACACCACCAUCAUCGUGCUCUCUCAGUGCAACAUUAUCCUCGCCGUUCAAGGCCUGUGAUUAGGAUUGCAUUAAAGUCCAUAACACCAUGAAAGUAACAUUUCUGCCCCUCGUCGCUGCAGCUCUGGGCUUAGCUGCUCAAGUCUCUGCGGGUCCUAUCCGUAUCUACGUACUCGCUCCAGAGAACACGAAUGUCUCUUCACAGGACGCCACGGCGCCCCCUCCAGCCGACGAUGCACCUGUGGCGCAUAUGCGUUGGGGUUUGGCGGCUGCCGGAGCCGCCCAGUCAGUUCCUAAACCAGAAACAAAGAAGGUGGAGUGGGUACAAUUACAGGAUGGAAUGCCCUCAGGCCCCGUGAGGAAGCAUCGCUGCAGCGGAGGAGCCCGCAGGAAGGCCAUCAAACUCGCAAACUGGCUUCGCGAGAAAGUCGGCUUGGAGCCUAUCGUCCCGCACCACCAUAUGCACUUCCCCCAUGGUCACCCUAUGCCGCAUCGCCCAGAACAUGCGCCCGGAGACGCGAUGUUCAUCCCGGCGCCUUAUCGUGUAAAUUCCGAGGGUGCGAAGAAUCACAUUAUUGUUGAAGAUGCGCCACACGUCAUCCCCUACUCGCAUCAUCGUCGUCCCCAUUUCCAUCAUCACCGCCCACACUCGUUUGUUGGUCGUGUCCAGAGAGCGUUGAUGACCCUCGGCCCAUGGGAAGGCCGUAUCACUGCGUUCGUCAUAGGGUGCGGUAUUGGAUCUCUCCUGAGGAUGUUCUAUGUCCUAUGCGUCCUUGGUGUUCGCUCCUUCAGACGUAGGGACGAGGAGGAUCAGAUGGAGGUCAUUUUUGCUGAGGUCGAAGAUGUGCCGCCGCAAUAUCACGGAGAUGUGAAGGUUGCCCCCGUAGAUGAGAAAGCUUUUGCUUAAGUAGUCAAUAGUAAACCCAAGAUAAGAACGUUCCUUUUAUCGUCUAUUUUCAUUUUGUUGGCUUCUCUUAUUUAACUACCUGCCAUCAGACAGGUGAAAUACGCUCCUUUACCCCCUAUGUCUCUGAUUUAUUUAAUGUGCUGUACUUGCUGUCUUGGACUGAGAGUCAUAUCCAGUCCGAUUUAAAAAGCAUGGAUUGAGA